UAAUUUUCAGCUUAUUAAUAUAAUUGUAUUAUUUUUAUUUAAACUUGUUUAUUUAUACAAAGCACAAAUUCUGCUGGGACAUUGAGCAUAAAGCUGUUGUGAGGAGGGUGUGGGAAAAUCACGCGGCAACUAGGUAAGAUCGAAAACAAUACAGGAUUUUUUUUAGACAAAAAUUUAUGUUUCGAAAUGUAAUUUUUGGUUGCGUGAAGCAGGUUGCGUGAUUUUUGGUAUGAAGCACAGAAAAAGGCAAAAAAAAAGCGAGGGAUAGGGGUUUCCAAGGCUGGAACGAUGUUGCGGUUUGGAGGGAUUUCAAACCGAUAUACAUCCCGGAAGAUAUAUGGCCGCACUAUCUUGAGCACGUGACGUCUGAGCGGUUCACACGACGCUCACAGUCCGGUGCUGGCAACCGGAAUCGGCCAAUUCAUGGCGGGGUGACAACUCACACUGGCGGCUCCGUUCCGUUUGCUGCACAUGCGAAACGGAUGGCUGCGUCUCUUGGACGUGAGCCGAGCCCGAUGGAGCUGUUUGUGGAGACGCACGUGCGGAGUCAAGACCGCCAGAAGGGGGCGCAACAGUUCGUUGAUAACCGUGCUCAGCAUUUCGUGGAGACCUAUAAUAAUCGGUUGAGGGAGAGAUACGGGGACGAUACUUUGACCCAUCCGGAAUUCGAUCCGGAUUUGUGGAUGGAGGUUGGCUCGUCAGGUGGACCAGAUAAAAAUCGGGUUUACGGGCUCUCCAACACUACGGCCGACAACUUGCGGUCGACCCGUAGUGUUUCAACCGUUGGGAGCUCCCAAUCAAUAGCGAGCUCCCAAUCUAAGGAGUUCGUGGCUUUGCAGCAACUCAACGAGAAAUACGACAACCUACAAGCGGAGUACGCACAACUCAAAGCGUCUCAUGCACAACAAAGAGCGGAGUCUGAGCAAUUCAAAGCGUCUCAAGCACAACAAAAAGCGGAGUAUGAAGCGGCUCAGGAACAACAAAAAACGGCUUAUGACCAGCUUUACGAAAUGAUUAUGAAAUUGUCAAAUAGCGGAACAUGUGCGCCUAAUCCUUUUUGGCCGUAUAACCACCAGCCUCCGCCAGGAUCUCCUCCUCCUCCUCAAGCUCCAUCAUCUUUAUAUUAAUUUGUAAUCAACAUUAUUUACCUUUAAAACUUCA